AUGCUGUCAGCACCUAAAUGCUACCCCGGUACAUGUUAUGCAGGCAUAAACACAAAUAUGCCUGGGAUGUUGGCCAUUCCAGCCGCCGAGAUAUGCGAUAGGCCUAUCUAUCGAACAAUCAGGCAGAUCAGAUCUAGACGAAUUAGUAUUAAGUGGCUUGUGGUUGGAUCGUGCGUUGAAUUCCGUAAUAAUAAUACGGAGGACGGGGUACAGAGCACUCCUGCCAGCAGCUUCUGGCCUAAUCGAUUGCUGAUAGAAACAAAACUACUCCGUAGUCUUGGACAGAACAAUUCAAGUGGUACAAAUUUGCGUCUGCUCUACCACACACGUCAUAAACCGGGCGUGCGGCCAGCUAUCCGGAAACAGAUUGCCUGGCAGCCUGGGCGCCUCAGGCAGCAACAUCACACCACCCGCGAAAACCCGUUUCGCCUCAGCAGCGCCGGUCGACCGUUCUCUGGCCUUCGUCCGCUUCACCAUCCUUACCCAGACGCACCCUCGUUGCAGACCACCGCUCAGCACCUGGUUUUUCUUUCCUUCUUUUCCUGCCCAAUGGCUUCCACCACCCUCUUCCGCAUCGCUUCGCGAACGGCCCGCCCGGCCAGCUUCGCCAGAGCUUCCUACGCUUCCCGGUCGGCCCUUGCUGCCCGCUCGACUCUCGGCAGUGCCAACAGCUUCAGCACCUCGUCCAAACGCCUCAGCGCCGGCCACGAGGAGGAGACCUACGAGGAGUUCUCGGCCAGAUAUGAGAAGGAAUUCGAUGCCGUGCAGGAUGUCUUCGAGCUGCAGCGCAACCUGAACAAUGCCUUUGCCUACGAUCUCGUGCCCUCUGUUGAGGUUCUCGCCGCUGCCCUGCGCGCUGCUCGCCGGGUGAACGACUUCCCCACUGCGGUCCGGAUCUUCGAAGGUAUCAAGGCCAAGGUCGAGAACGAGAACCAGUACCACCAGUACCUUGAGAAGCUGGACGGUCUGAGGAAGGAGCUUGGCGUCGCUCUGCGGGAGGAGCUCUACCCUGAGAACCAGUAA